AAUAAAGAAGUACAGCAAUAAUUUGAGUUUAUGACAGAAAACAAGGCGGAAGAGAAAAAUAAGAAGUUUAAAAUAAAAAUUAUACACUUCCUGUGCUGAAAAUUACCGUUCAGCAAAAGAAUAAGUUUGUAUUUUCCUCUGAAGAUCGAAAAUGAGCAACACCAAAGAGCUAGAAAUUGAAGUCGAAGUACCUUUUUCUAACAAGCAAAGUGCACAAAUAACAUUUGAUGUAUUAAGAGUUGACGAGGAACCUAAAAGAGGUGGAGUUAAGAGAGAAUUAACUUUACAGGAUAAAACUAUUAAAGCGAAAUUCAGUGGCUACGAGGCUAGCCACAUAAGGACAGCUCUAAGAAAACAUAUGGAAAAAGUAGAGCUAGUAGCUGAAACAAUAACCACUAUCGGGCAUCCAAAACCUGAAAGAUACAGUCAUUAUUAAGGAUAUUUGUCACAAUAUGCCACACCAUACGCCUGCCCCAACACCCAGCAGGGCCGUAUAUGGUUUUGUCAUGUUUCUAAGUUUACAGCUACUCUUUGCAAUUUAUUUAAUAUGGUCGUUAGUACCUAAGCAGUAUUUUGAAUUAGUCGGGUUCAAUUUUUUACCACAAAGACAUUGGGCAGUGUCAGUACCCAUCUUUAUACUUACAGCAACAUUUAUCUUUGGUUUCGUUAUUUAUCCCAGCUUAGGAUUGUUAAUGACACCUCAUUAUGACGAUAUAAGAACAAUAAUGGAUAAAACUGGUAGAAAAAUUAAGAAAAAUGCUGUAAUUUUACAGGAAGACGUUACAGAAGAUUGUAUUUGUAAAAGUAAAGAGAAAUGCUGGAAGGAAUAUUAUAAACAUGACAAAAACUUUAUUAAGAAAUCUAUACCGGCUGCAGAAGAUUUAAAUAUUUGGGAUGUAUCAGAAGACUUAUAUUUAAAUAAUAUGUAAUAAAUAAAAAUAAAGUUCGUAAUCAUA